AUGCCGCCACUCAGCACCACGCAUGUCUUCAAGUUUGGACUUACUACGCCGCCUGCAACUGAGUCUCUGGAAGAACUGAUUCAAAAGCACCUCGAGCAAGCCGCUCACAAAGUUGAGCUGGCUGCGGGUGACUUAUUCUCUGCCUCUGUUCCGUCGUCGGAGUCGUGCCCAUCCGAACCACAAGAUGUCGCCGCUCUGGUGACCGAGAUGGGAGACUACUUAGCCCGAACUGCCAUGAUAUGGUCCUCUCUCAUUCAAGGUCUCAUCCAAGGACCUCACAUUGACCAAGUUACUCUACAAAUCCUCGAGAAGUCUCGAGCAGACACCCGGGUUUCAGACCUCGCCGCAUCCGUUUCCAUGGACGUGACCCUUAGUCGUCUUCGCAAGAUGCGCGACCUGGCAGAGCAGUACGCUCGAGAUGUCCAAACGGUAUGGACGGUCGGAGGCAGGAGGUCGAGUUUGGCUUCACAUGUGCCCCGGAUGUCCAUCUCGUCACACGACGGGCCCCCAUCCGCUGCCCCAUCGGUGACCUCAUCGGCGACCUCGUUGGACAUGCAAGAGGCGCCUGAUACGCUCUCGCGCGCACCUAAACGUCGCAAGCAGCUUCCCGAUGCUGCCGCUGUACAGCGUGAACGAGCGGCGGCGGCGCCACAUCCACCACUGCCGCCGCUCCCGCUCUUACCGCCGGCUUCAUCGCUCUUAUUGCCGCCCAUCUUGUCAGAUGCCGCAGACUCAACUGGACCGGCGCCGAACAACCCACCGCCGAGACCGCCGAAGCUAUCAAGGGCCGCGGCGAGGAGAGAGGCCGAAUCAAGGCCAUUACUAAUUUCAACACCAAUGGCUCCAAUACCAAUAGCAGCAUCGGCCACGGCGUCUGAAUCACCACCAACGCCUCCUCCACCAGAAACCCCAGUGUCCGUAGCAACGCCGGCGUCAGACGCGACGGCAACUGGAGCAAAUCCUCCUGAGCAAGAUGAGUCAGACGACUACUCGGAUGAGAAUGAAUUUGCGGGCAUCAACAUGAAGGCCUUGAAGCAACGAGGCAAGGGGAAAUACUACUGCCCCAGGGGGCAUCAAUGCGACAAAGGCGGGGUCGAUAAACAUGGCAACCUGAUACUUUUCGAUCGUAACUCAUCUUUUGCGCAACACUGUAACAAACAUCGAAAACCCUGGCGGUGUGAUGUACCUGGCUGUCCGAAUCCUCCCAAGAAGCGUCGGUUUGCGCGCCGUGACGGACUGGAGCGUCACAAAGCCACAGUCAAGCAUUACUUUAUGACGUGA